CCGAAGCUUCUCUCCUCUCCUGCCGCCUUCUCCGCCAUGGCCGAACCCGAGGCCCUUCCGAACCCAGAUCCUAAGACCAAGAAGCCAGCUCUCUGCGAGGAGUGCGGCUCCAAUCCAUGGAAGUACCGCUGCCCGGGCUGCUCCCUCCGCACCUGCAGCCUCCCCUGCGUCAAAUCCCACAAGCAGCGCACCAGUUGCACCGGCAAGAGGAAUCGGACCGAGUUCGUCCCCCUCUCCCAGUUCGACGACGAUCGCCUCAUCUCCGAUUACAACUUUUUGGAGGAAACGAAGAGGGUGGCGGACUCGGCCCGUCGGAUGCUCGCCGAGUUCCGGGAGGGGUUCAGGUUUAAUAAGAUGCCGGUGAGGCUCCGGCUGCUCCGGAAUGCGGCCUACCGUCGGAGGAUUCGGCUUCUGAUUCUCCCGCCUGGCAUGUCGAAGAGGGAGAAGAACCAGUCGAGAUACGAUCAGAGGAAAAAUUGUAUCUCUUGGACACUUGAGUGGAGGUUUCACUUGACAGAUAUCAUCCUAAUUGACCACAGCGUUGGUGAAAAUGUGAGUUUGUCUUCUGUCAUCGAGAAACAUCUAGCACCUAGUCCAUGGAACAAUCAGUUGAGGCCAUUUUGCAAUGUACACUUGGAUGAUUUGAAGUUUUUCCUUCGGAAGAAUGCUAAGGGAAUCAAGUCACCAUUUCGUCAGUUGAACAUAAAGGCUCCUGUAGGCCUGCAACUGAAGGAUUCUAUUAUCGUAGAGUAUCCUGUGAUAUAUGUUUUUCUUCCUUCACACUGCUACAACUUUGAAGUCGAGAAGGACAUGAGGUCAUUUAGUAAGAAUGAGAAACCUCUUGAUUCUCCUGGCAGCAACCAAAUCCCAAAGGGUACUUUAUUUAGAGAGGAGGAAAUAGAAGAAGGUGAGAUGCUUUCAGACACUAAGGUUGUGGAUCUGAGGGAUCACAAAAUUUUAGAGCCUUGUAAUAAUACUCAAAUUCCUAAGAAUGUGACUAUAUCUGAGAAAGAAGUCAUUUGCCCCAGUAGGCAGAUGUCAGGUGCAGUUGCUGAAGAUUUAAAACCUAUUUCUAGCGGUAAGUGUGGAGCAAAUGUGGAGGAAAGUAAUAGACAUUCCAGUAGUGGUGCAAAUCUGAAGAAUUUUCCUGAGGAGGAAAUAUUUGACUUUCAGCAGGAAAUGAAAGAUGCUUAUUCAGACCUUAUUGGGGAAAUAAAUCCUGAUGAUUUUCUGUGCUUGGACGGUGGGUACGGUGAAGAAGAUGAAUCAGAAGAAAGAAGGAAGAAUCCCCUGGGUUCUGGUGGAGAACUAUUUAUGGAAGAGGCAUUAGAAGAAGGGGAGAUCCCAACUCCCAAUUAACUGAAGAUACACAAUUAUAUUCUAGAGCAAGAAGCAACAUCAUAAUUCUGAAUUAGGACUGCUAUUGAAGCAAUUGUAUCUUUUGAAAUCAGCUCAUUUUGGUUUGAACUUUCUUCUGCUAGCACUAAUAACUGCAAUAGCAACCUCUGGAUUCUGGAUAUGACUGCAGCUUCUGUUUUAAGGAACAUAAAGUGAAUUAACAUGGUUAUGACAAAUAGAGAUCCAAUACUUGAUGCAGAUCACAAUUUAGCACAUCAAUGUGUGUUAUCCAUAUUCACCAGCAGGACAGUCACACUCUGAAUCAAAAUGGCGGUGGUCAUUCAUCUGUAGCUUGCAGUUUGUUUAUUAUCUGGCACUUAUAGGGGCGUAGUUGUGGUUCAGUUGCUUCUUGUUUGAUACUUCCAGCCUUCGCAUGACAACUCUGAGAUUGCUUUCCUGUCAGCAAUUUCGCUGCUGUGUCUCUGCUAGGGAGUUUGAGGUUUGGUGAGAACCAUCCGCUUACUUCAUGGCAUAUUGUGACGAAGUAUUCUGAGAAAUAUAUUUAUCUUAAUGUUGAUAUAGAUACAGCUUUACUAUUGCAUUUUUUUUAUCGGUUACUUCAGUUCUGUUAAUUUUUUCACUACAAUUUCUAAGAUGGCUUUUUAUAGCUUCAUCAAUGGGCCAUAGGCAAGAUGAAGUAUUCUUUGGGGGGUUCCUUAAUGUGCAGAUGGAAAAGUUGGUGAUGCAUCCACAUAAUACAAUGCUCCAGUUCAUCUGGCUACAGUUGUCGGACAUCAGUUGAGCAAAUAAGAGACUAUUUCCCCCUUUUUUUUUGAUAUAAUGCUCCAGAGUCCACUGUGAUUGUCCCUCUACCACUCGGAAGGCAUCUUCUACAUGUUUUCUAAUGGUUUAACAGAUUCCAUCUGAUGGUUAUCAAUCUAUUUCACAUCCUCUCUUCAGAAUAUAUGCGUCGAUCCAUCCAGGAAGCCACGACAAUUGGCAUCUCUUGCAGUUAAAAGCUUGUAAUUCUCUUCAAAAAAAUAAAGGGGAUACUUCUCUCUUCACUUGAGAACUAGGAGUUUGAUAUGUUAUUUCUCUAUAACUUCUUUUUAGCUCUCUCACUUGUUUUUUAACAACCUAAUGAAAACGGCAGAAUAGAGUUUUUGGAUUUUA